GGUCGUAUUACGCAUCAAGACAAAAUGGGAAUGGCGAGUGAGGAUCUGCUCGUGACCCUUCAGAUACUACCUGGGUUUUUUUCAAACUGUCUGUUCCUUGCCCUGUACGACUCCGUGGUGCUGCUGAAGCGCGCGGUGUCGCUGCUCAGCUGCUCCAGGUCCGCCGCCGCCUCCGGCUCCGACUCCGGAGAGUGGCGCCGCAUGCUCACCUCCGCGGGGCUGCGCUCCGUGUGGAACAGCUUCCUGCUGGACGCCUACAAGCAGGUGAAACUUGGCUGUGAGGCACCCAACUCCAAAGUGGUGAAGGUUCCUGAUGGCCACCAGUGGAGUAGCAGCAUCUGUAAUGGAACUAAUAUGCCACCUGGUGCCAGGAACGCAUAUGGAGAUGAGUGUCAGCUUCUGGAUUUUGAGUCCUCAGACCGCCCUCUAGUGGUCAACUUUGGCUCAGCCACCUGACCCCCGUUCAUCAACCACCUGCCAGCUUUCAGGCAGUUGGUGGAGGACUUCAGUGAUGUAGCUGAUUUCCUGUUAGUGUACAUUGAUGAGGCACACCCGUCUGAUGGCUGGGUGGCCCCUCCUAUGGGCCCUUGCUCCUUCGAUGUCCGGAAACACAAGAACCUGGAGGAGAGGUUGGGAGCGGCACGGAAACUCAUUGAGCACUUUUCCCUGCCACCGCAGUGUCAGUUGGUGGCCGACUGCAUGGACAACAAUGCUAAUGUGGCUUAUGGGGUGUCAAAUGAACGGGUGUGUAUAGUCCAACAGAGAAAGAUUGCCUACCUGGGCGGUAAGGGUCCUUUUUUUUACAAUCUGAAGGAUGUGCAGCAGUGGCUGGAAGAGAGCUUCGGUAAACGGUAGGAGUAAGGAAGGACAAGUACAGAGGAGGACAUGUUCCAUAUUUCAAUGAGGAAAUACAAGAUCCUUCGGCUUGUAUAUGCAUAAAGUCAAAAUCAAAAGCUGUAAUGAAUUAAGUUCCAAAAUUCUGGAGCAACUUCUUUUACUAACUUUUUGAACACAUGUUAAAGCUGUGGUGCAUAGUUUCUGUCUCCCCCGUGAGAAAUUCUAAGUAAUGACAACAAAACUGUCACUCAUCCCCCCCCC